AUGAGGUCAGGUUUUCUUAUGUCCCCUUGUCUUCUCUUGCUGGACCCACAGUCCAGCUCCCACAGGAUCAGGAUCUAUGAGGGAGAGGACUACAGAGGCCAGAUGGUGGAGAUCACAGAGGACUGCUCCUCUCUUCAGGACCGCUUCCACUUCAGUGACAUCCACUCUUUCCACGUGCUAGAGGGCUACUGGGUCCUCUACGAGCUGCCCAACUACCGGGGGCGGCAGUACCUGCUGAGGCCGGGGGAGUACAGGCGCUACCACGACUGGGGCGCCCUGAGUGCCCGAGCGGGCUCUUUGCGGAGGGUCAUAGAUUUCUACUGA